AUGGGUCUUCUCUCCUACGUCAAGCCCAAGGGCAAGAAGGACGGGAAGCCUGCCCAUGGAUCCCCAGAAGUCACCGAAAAGCAGGAGAAUGCCAUUGCUCUUGCUGACACUCCAGGUACCGCGACGCCUGCCUGGUCGCGUCCAGCAUCCAUUGCUCCCGCGGAGAAUUACCGCAACUCCCAGAUGGGCGAUCUGAACGAGAUCAAGUGCGAUGUCAUGGUCAACUGGCUAUACCAACAGCAAAUGGAGCGACUGUGGACUGCUGGCGGCGUCGAUGAGGGUGUCGUGCUCAAGAAGAACCGCAGCGAGUACACUUGCUGCCCCGGUGAUAUGGUUGACGAGCCGUAUGGCUUCUUCAAGGCUGUCGAAACUCUCAACGUUCGAGUAGGUGCUUUUACAGCUUUAACUUCCAAAGCCUCAAAACUGAUGUUGCUUGCACAGGUCGCCAUGACCGUGAACACGCGUGUCAUCAAGCUCUUUCUUCACAACAACCAGCGGCCCUACGUGCCACUCAAGAAUGGUCUUCGUCUCCAAGUCCUGCCAGACAUCUCAUACCUGCCUCGCUGCCAGAAGCAUCAAUUCGCCGCGUUCAUCGCAGACCGUGGUCUCCUCGUCGUUUGGGAUGACGAGCCGAGACACCUCCUCGACCGUGCACACAAGAUCGAGAAGGCUCUCAUGGAGAUGAUUUGGGAUGAUGCCACCUCGGACGAUUACGACGAGAAGAAGGACGGCAACUUCACGGUCAACGAGGUCUCCGCGGACGAUGACGACGCCGUUGAGCGUGGAACCAUUGAGGAGCCUCGCCGCGUUGUCCUAUGGCAGGCUGUCCUCUCUGGCUUCACUCUCCUCCUGACCUUCUUCUGCCUGGGAACCGGAUUCAAGGCGGUCGCCGUUGAGACCAUCAUCGACCACAACUACAUCCGCCUGGCUUUCAUCCUCGUUGUCCCCUUGCAGUGCUGGCUGGCUCUGUUCUUCUUCCAGUCCCUGGUCAACAACAUCUCUCAGCUCAUUGGUCCUAUAUCGCAGAUGAACAUGAACACCAGGUUCUACUCGGGGCUUAAGCCUAAGCGACUCCGCCGCGAUGCUGGACCUUUGCCUCACGUCACCAUCCAGAUGCCUGUCUACAAGGAGGGUCUCGUCAGUGUCAUUGAGCCCACUGUCCGCUCGAUCAAGGCUGCCAUCUCCACCUACGAAAUGCAAGGCGGCACUGCCAACAUCUUCGUCAACGACGACGGUAUGCAGCUCAUCUCCGAGGACGAUGCCCGAGCUCGCCAGGACUUCUACGACGAGCACAACAUUGGCUGGGUCGCACGUCCUAAGCACAACCCAAAGCCUGCUGAGGGCGAGGAGGCUUUCGUCCGCCGCGGAAAGUUUAAGAAGGCCUCGAACAUGAACUACGCCCUCUGGAUCAGCAACCGCGUUGAGGAGAAGCUUGUCGAGGUUCAGCGUCACCAGGGUUGGACCCAGGAAGACGAAGCUGGUGCCUACCGCGACGCUCUCGCUGAGGUUGUCGAGGAGGACCAAGGCCGCACUUGGGCUGACGGCAACGUCCGCAUGGGCGACUACAUCCUCAUCAUUGACUCGGACACUCGUGUGCCAACUGACUGCUUCCUGGACGCUGUCUCCGAGAUGGAGCAAUCCCCACAGGUUGCCAUCAUCCAAUACUCUUCCGGUGUCAUGAACGUUACCGACUCCUUCUUCGAGCGCGGCAUUACCUUCUUCACCAACCUCAUCUACACUGCCAUCCGCUUUGCCGUCGCCAACGGUGAUGUUGCUCCUUUCGUCGGCCACAAUGCCGUUAUGAGAUGGGCUGCUGUUCAAUCCAUCGGAUACGAAUGCGAGCACGAUGAGCACGAGAAAUUCUGGUCUGAGGACACUGUCUCUGAGGACUUCGACAUGGCUCUGCGUCUACAGACUGCUGGAUACCUCGUUCGCAUGGGUGCCUACACCGGUGACGGCUUCAAGGAGGGUGUCUCGCUCACCGUCUACGACGAGUUGGCUCGUUGGGAGAAGUACGCCUACGGCUGCUCUGAGCUCAUCUUCCAGCCAUUCCGCUACUGGUUCACCCGCGGUCCUUUCACCAAGCUCUUCCUGCGCUUCCUUGGUUCCCGCAUGCCCCUGCCAUCCAAGUUCACCAUCAUGGCUUAUAUCGGUACCUACUACGCGCUUGGCUCUGCCUGGCUCCUGACUGUCGCCAACUACUUCCUCACUGGAUGGUUCAACGGUGCACUAGACCAUUACUACAUCGACUCCUUCGAGGUGUACUUCGCCAUCAUCAUCGUCUUCUCCGGCCUCGGCAAUCUCUCCCUCGCCGUCCUGCGCUACCGAACCGGACAAUGCGGCCUCUUCCACGCCAUCAUCGAGAACUUUUCCUGGGUGCCACUCCUCUGCAUCUUCCUGGGUGGCGUAUCCCUGCACGUCUCGCAGGCCAUCCUCUCGCAUCUCUUCAGCAUCGACAUGUCCUGGGGCGCGACGAGCAAGGAAGCGGAAAACACGACCUUCUUCAAGGAAGUGCCCAAGCUGCUCAAGAACUUCAAGGGCACCUUCGUCUUCUGCUUCUUCUUCAGCGCCGUCAUGAUUGUCCUGGCGCAGUUCGCCCCGCCUUUUUGGAGGAUCAACGCUUUCAUCUCCAUCUACCCGCUCAGUUCUGUCAUCGUGGGGCAUUUCUUCCUCCCGACCGUGCUGAACCCGGGUCUGAUGCGCUUCACUUUCUAG